AUGCCGAACGGUCUGAAGAAACAUCUUGUCAGCAGUUCAGAGGAGUGUUCGUCACCUGUGCAGGUCAAAGAAGGCUAUGCGUAUGGCCUCAACAACUCUCCCCACGAGCUCGCAGUUCUGAUGAAACCCACACAGAGCCCACAUCAUUCAGACCAUGGAGGCAAUAUACUGCAGCGCCUUCCAUGGAAGAGACUGUUUCAUGUCUUCGUGAACUGCCUGAAACCUUAA